AUGACACUACUAUGGCUAACAGCCGUAAUUCCAAAGUUAAAGCCUCCUCCUUGUGCCCAAUUUAGCAGCAAUUGCGGCUCAGCCAGUCCUGGUCAACUCAUUGUCUUGCUAUCCUCUUUCGGGCUCAUGUCCAUUGGUGCUGGCUGCAUCAGACCAUGUUCCAUGGCCUUUGGUGCAGACCAGUUGGACAAGAAAGACAACCCCAAAAAUGAGAGACUUUUACAGAGCUUCUUCAGUUGGUACUAUGCAUCAAUAGGAGUUUCAACAGUUCUUGCAUUGACUAUCAUUGUCUAUAUUCAAGACCACUUGGGAUGGAAAGUUGGUUUUGGAGUUCCUGCAAUUCUAAUGGUGGUUUCAGCCCUAAUGUUCUUGUUUGGCUCUUCUCUUUAUGUAAAAGUGAAGGUUGAAAAAAGCUUGUUUAUUGGUUUUAUUCAAGUACUAGUGGCUGCCUUCAGGAAAAGAAAUCUUCCACUCUCGGCCAAGAAUGUAGAGUACCAUUAUGGCAAAGACCCAAACAUCAUUGCUCCAACUGAUAAACUAAGGUAUCUCAACAGAGCUUGCAUUAUCAGAGAUCCUCAGAAAGACUUAAACCCAGAAGGCUCACCUAUUAAUCCAUGGAACCUCUGCACAAUAGAUCAAGUAGAAUCACUCAAAGCACUGCUGAGAGUCAUCCCCAUGUGGUCUACUGGUUUCAUGAUACUAGUUAGUUUGAACCAAAACUCAUUUUCCACACUCCAAGCUAGCAUGAUGGACCGACACCUUGGUCCCAAGAUUCAAAUUCCAGCAGGAUCAUUCACUGUGUUCACAAUUAUCACAUUAACUAUCUGGGUCGCCAUAUAUGACCGUGCAAUUGUUCCAUUACUUGCAAAGCUUACCGGAAAGCCACGCGGGCUUGGAACAAAAAUGCGCAUGGGAAUUGGGUUAGUACUAUCUGCCUUGGCCAUGGCUGUGUCUGCGAUAGUUGAGAACAUAAGGAGGAAUAUUGCCAUUGAUCUAGGCCUUGCUGAUAAGCCAAGGGUGGUGAUGGACAUGUCUGCAAUGUGGCUAAUUCCACAAUAUUGCUUGUUUGGGUUGGCUGAGGCUUUCAAUGCAAUUGGCCAGAUUGAAUUCUAUUUCUCUCAGUUUCCAAGGAACAUGUCAAGUAUUGCAAUGGCUCUUUUCACGCUGGGAAUGGCUGUGGCUAACUUGGUGGGUAGUUUUCUGGUGAAGAUUGUUGAUAAAGCUACAAAGAAAGGAGGGAAUGAGAGUUGGCUUUCUAGGAAUCUGAAUGAGGGUCACUUGGAUUAUUACUAUUGGCUCAUCACCAUAAUGUGUGUGGUUAAUUUUGUAUAUUUUCUUGGUUGUUGUUGGGCUUAUGGACCUAGUGAGGAUGCAAGGGCUAAAAUGAAGGAUAAUGGGCUAGAACAAAUGGAAAGUAAAGAAGAUGUGUGCAAAGCAAGAACACCACUCUUGGUUUGAUGUGGUAGGUAUAGUUCUUGAUGUUGAUGAGCCCAAUUUACGUUGAUGUAUUUCAGUAUUUGUGUUCACUUCAUCGGGCAGUGUUUGAGCUUUUUCAAGAUUCGAGUGCCUAGUUUUGAGAGGUCAUCGCUUAGCAUUCACAGCAAAAUAAGAACACCACCAUUGGUUUGAUGUGUAGGUAUAGUUCUUGAUGUUGAUGAGCCCAAUUUACGUUGAUGUAUUUCAGUAUUUGUGUUCACUUCA